AUCAGCGCUGCGGUCCAUCCGGAUGCUUUGUCGAUCUGCACGGCGCUUCCUUUCCUGACGGUGGCCGCACCGGCUGUUGCACGCCUUCAUUGGUAACCGCUAGCGUCACGCUGCAAAACUGGCUUUAAAACCACUUGGAAGUAACCGGACGCAACUGAGAACACAUUUCAGAAGGACAUAGAUUGACCGUCUCCCGCAGCAAUGUCUCGUUUCUUUGCCACUGGGUCCGACAGCGAGUCGGAGGAGUCCUCAUCCGCCGAUGAGAUCACCCCUAAAGCACCUGGGACCACUUUCAAGCAGUCCUUGCUGCUCAGUGAUGAUGAGGAGGACACCAAGAGAGUGGUACGCAGUGCCAAAGACAAAAGGUUUGAGGAGUUGACCAACCUCAUUAAGACCAUCCGCAAUGCCAUGAAGAUUCGGGACAUGGCCAAAUGUCUGGAGGAAUUUGAGCAGUUAUGUCGUGCCUUCCUCAAAAGCAAGACUAUAGUGGACAAAGAGGGGGUUCCCCCUUUUUACAUCCGUCUUCUGGCCGACCUGGAAGACUAUCUCAACCAGCUUUGGGAGGACAAAGAAGGCAAGAAGAAGAUGAACAAAAACAAUGCAAAAGCUCUUAGCACGCUGCGUCAGAAGAUCCGCAAAUACAACAGGGAUUACGAAACAGAGAUUGCAGCCUACAAGGAGAACCCACAGGAAUCUGCGGAUGAGGAAGAGGAAAAGGAGCCAGAGGAGUCUGGCUCCUCUUCUGAGAGUGAGGGAGAAGCAGGCGAUGAAGGCGUCACAGCCAAGGUCUUCUUGAAGAAAAAGCCUGCAGCAGAGGCUACGUCAGAGGCCAGCAAGUUCCUCAAGUCCGCCAAGGGCUCAGGGGAUGAGUCAUCUUCCAGUGAUGAGGAUGAUGAUGAUGGAGAGUGGGGCUCAGACACUGUGGGUAGUGGCAGCGAGAGCUCUGAUGAUGGUGAGGGAAAGAGUGCUUCCCUGGCUGUAGUCUUCCUCAAGAAGGCCCAGGAGGGAGAGAAGACCAGUGAGAAGAAGAAAGAUGUGAGGAAGAAGAGGCACAAGAAGAAAGAGCGGCUUGAGGAGGAAGCCGAGGAGGAGGGAGGAGAGGAAGCUGAGGGAGGCUGGGAGAAGGUGAAGGGAGGAGUGCCUCUGGUCAAGGAGAAGCCCAAGAUGUUUGCAAAGGGCACAGAGAUCAACACAGCGGUGGUGGUGAAGAAGCUGAAUGAGAUUCUGCAAGCACGAGGCAAGAAGGGCACAGACAGAGCUGCCCAGAUCGAGCUGCUCCAUGCGUUGGCGGCAAUCUCCCAAGAGAACAACCUGGGCCAGGGCAUUCUGGUCAAGAUCAAGUUCAACAUCAUCGCCUCCCUGUAUGACUACAACCCAAACCUAGCAGCCUUCAUGAAGGCGGACAUGUGGAAGAAGUGUCUGGACUGUAUAGAUGAGCUGCUGGACAUCCUGUUUGAUAACAACAACAUCUUCAUUGGGGAGAACAUUGCAGAGGACAGCGAGAACCUGGGCAUCUCAGAUCAGCCGUUCAGGGUGCGUGGAUGCAUCUUAACUCUGGUGGAGAGGAUGGAUGAGGAGUUUACCAAGAUCAUGCAGAACACAGAUCCCCACUCUCAAGAAUAUGUAGACAAUUUGAAGGACGAGGGGCGAGUCUGUGGCAUCAUCGACCGGCUGCUGAGCUACCUGGAAACCAAAGGCAGCACGGAAGAGAUCUGCCGCAUCUACCUGCGCCGGAUUUUGCACACUUACUACAAGUUUGACUACAAGGCACACCGCCGCAGCCUGGGCCUCCAGGGAGAGACCAAGUCGGAGCAAGAUCAGGAGGAGAGCGAGGGUGAGGACAGCGCUGUGAUCAUGGACCGCCUCUGCAAGUUCAUCUACGCCAAGGACCGCACCGACCGUAUCCGUACCUGCGCCAUUCUCUGCCACAUCUAUCACCAUGCCCUGCAUUCACGAUGGUACCAGGCUCGCGACUUGAUGCUGAUGAGCCACCUGCAGGACAACAUCCAGCACGCUGACCCACCUGUACAGAUCUUGUACAACAGAACCAUGGUGCAACUGGGCAUCUGCGCUUUCCGCCAGGGAAUGAUUAAGGAUGCCCACAAUGCCCUGCUGGACAUCCAGUCCUCUGGUCGUGCCAAGGAGCUGCUGGGCCAGGGCCUGCUCAUGAGGAACAUGCAGGAGAGGAAUGCUGAGCAGGAGAAGAUCGAGAAGAGGAGACAGGUGCCGUUCCACAUGCACAUCAACUUGGAGCUUCUGGAGUGUGUGUACCUUGUGUCUGCCAUGCUGCUGGAAAUCCCCUACAUGGCCGCUCAUGAGUUUGAUGCCCGCCGCAGAAUGAUCAGCAAGCAGUUCCAUCACCAGCUGAGGGUGGGAGAGAGGCAGCCGCUGCUAGGCCCACCAGAGAGCAUGAGGGAGCACGUGGUGGCAGCCAGUAAGGCCAUGAAGAUGGGUGACUGGCGCACCUGCCACUCAUUCAUCAUCAAUGAGAAGAUGAACAGUAAAGUGUGGGACCUGUUUCCUGAGACACAGCGUGUACGCGAGAUGCUUGUCAGGAAGAUCCAAGAGGAGUCACUGAGGACUUACCUGUUCACAUACAGCAGUGUGUACGACUCCAUCAGCAUGGAGACACUGUCAGAGAUGUUUGAGUUGGAGUUGCCCACAGUCCACAGCAUCAUUAGCAAGAUGAUCAUCAAUGAAGAGCUGAUGGCGUCACUAGACCAGCCCACGCAGACAGUGGUGAUGCACCGCACAGAGCCGACCUCCCUACAGAACAUGGCCCUACAGCUGGCAGAAAAACUUGGCGGCCUGGUGGAGAACAACGAGCGCGUCUUCGACCUCAAGCAGGGCGUCUACGGCGGUUACUUCAACAGAGAUCAGAAAGGUGGCUACCAACAGAAACAAGGCUACCAGAGAGAUCAGAAAGGAGGUUACCAGCAAAAGCAGGGAGGCUACCAGCGAGGCGGCUACAGAAACCAGAACCAGAGCAACUACUGAGGUGGGAUGCUCGCAGAAGUUGACUAGUCUUCAUUCCACAACAACAUCCUGGGUUACUAUACUUGGCACUUGAUUGGUUGCUGUUCUUCCUUGUAUGACUCCAAACCACAUCAUCUGAACCUGAAAGAGCUAGAGGUCACCACAGUGCAAGCCCUGCCUUCUGAAAAUGCAUAGUGUGAUAUUCCAGUACUGCCUAUUGCUUUUAUUAAGUGUGAAUGGAUUUUUGAGCUUAUUAAAGAUAUUAGAUAAUUGUAUGAUAAAGGCAUUGCAGUGUGGAGGCUUGUGGCAGGACAGUAACAGACAUGUCAAGUGAUGUCAUUGAUAACCUGAUAAAUAAACAUUGUUCAAUAUUAACUA